GGGCCGAAACAUGGAGUUCAGGAUUUUUGUUAUCUUCUCCCACCUCCCUCCCUCUGCCACACCAUCAUAUUCUUUGCCACCAAAAUUAUCUCAAAAAUUACAGUACCUGAAACUUGGUUAAACAAUUUCAGAAGAAAAAAGAAAGAGAGAUGGCAAUUUGUCUAUCAGAUGCAAAAUCCUUCCUCCCUUCCAUCAAAUCCUCUUUUAUCUCUUCAUCUCCACCAUUUCCAGCCCACACUCAGAAGCUCAAAUCCUGGAGAAAGCUCAGACUCUGCAAAGCUGUAAAUGAGACACUUUUUUCGCAUUCAAAUCUCGUCUCUAGGAGAAGAAGCGCAUCCCUUUGUCUCACCGCGACUUUGCUACUCUCUUUGAGUGGGGCCGGCGGACGUGGAAGCUUUGAUGCAAAUGCGGCAAUUCUUGAGGCUGAAGAUGACGAGGAGUUGUUGCAGAAAGUGAUAAUGGAUAAGAAGAAAAGGGUUGAGAGACAAGGGUUAAUAAGUUCCUCUGGUAAAGAGACAGCAUACCUACAAGACCUUGUCUUCAAGCUGAGCAAAGUUGGCCAAGCCAUCGACAAAAACGAACUCCCUUCUGCAAGUGGUGUUCUUGGUCAAAACAUAAAAACUGACUGGGUUCAAAAUGUUAACUCAGCAUUUAACAAGUUUAGCACAAGCCCUGAGGAAAAGGCUGAGGUAGAUAAAUUCAAUUCAUCUUUGGCCCGUCUAAUUUCAUCAGUUGCAAAGAAAGAUGUUGAAGCAUCAAGAACAGCCUUUUUAGCAUCAGCAACUGCGUUUGAGAAGUGGACAACCUUAACAGGUCUGGCUGGAGAGCUUAAAGGACUCUAAAGGAGGGGAAAAUGAUUUUACUACUACAAAAAUCUCUUUUAUUGUCCUUUAAUGAUUACAAAAUAGUUUGUAAGCAAAAAUAUAACUGAUGAUAAGAUUAUUGUUUAUCACGGCAUAGUUGAUCACUGUAAUAGUAUAAUGUGUCGUGGUGUACCUCAAUGAGUCAAUGGCUGAAUGUCUUAUUCUUAAUCAAGAAUAUGUAGUAAAUAUUCAUUGUUUUUCACCAAUGUAUACAUGAUACAUCAUAUUGUGUUUCCUUACUUUUUAGCUUAUGAUAAAGCAAAAAUCUGAAAAGUGGACUGUAAUUUUAUACGGUAUUUUUUUUUUGA